AGGCGGCAACAUUGUUUUAAGUUGGACAAAUUGACAAGAGCGAGAGAUACACUGCGUUCCAUCCCGACCUGGGGUCGCGGUGCUGGGCCCUGUUUCCCCCUCUUUGGCCCCCCGAGAGCCGGGGCCCGCUUUCUGCAGGGUUCCCAGGCCCCCGCUCCAGGGCCGGGCUGACCCGGCUCGCUAGCGCUUCAUGGAGAACUUCCAAAAAGUGGAAAAGAUCGGAGAGGGCACGUACGGAGUUGUGUACAAAGCCAAAAACAAGUUGACGGGAGAAGUGGUGGCGCUUAAAAAAAUCCGCCUGGACACUGAGACGGAGGGUGUACCCAGUACUGCCAUCCGGGAGAUCUCUCUGCUUAAGGAGCUUAACCACCCUAAUAUUGUCAAGCUGCUGGAUGUCAUCCACACAGAAAACAAACUCUACCUGGUUUUUGAGUUUCUACACCAGGAUCUCAAGAAAUUCAUGGAUGCCUCUGCUCUCACGGGCAUUCCUCUUCCCCUCAUCAAGAGCUAUCUGUUCCAGCUGCUCCAGGGCCUAGCUUUCUGCCAUUCUCACCGGGUCCUGCACCGAGACCUCAAACCUCAGAAUCUGCUUAUCAAUGCGGAGGGGGCCAUCAAGCUAGCAGACUUCGGACUAGCCAGAGCCUUUGGAGUGCCUGUUCGUACUUAUACUCAUGAGGUGGUGACCCUGUGGUACCGAGCACCUGAAAUCCUUUUGGGCUGCAAAUACUACUCCACAGCUGUGGACAUCUGGAGCCUGGGCUGCAUCUUUGCUGAGAUGCACCUAGUGUGUACCCAGCACCAUGCUAAGUGCUGUGGGGAACACAGAAGAAAUGGAAGACACAGUCUCUGCCCGCUGUGCUCCUAUCUAGAAGUGGCUGCAUCACAAGGAGGGGGGAUGACCGCAGUGUCUACCCCACACCCCGUGACCCGCCGGGCCCUAUUCCCUGGAGAUUCUGAGAUCGACCAACUCUUCCGGAUCUUUCGAACUCUGGGGACCCCAGAUGAGGUGGUUUGGCCAGGAGUUACUUCCAUGCCUGAUUAUAAGCCAAGUUUCCCCAAGUGGGCCCGGCAAGAUUUUAGCAAAGUUGUGCCUCCCCUGGAUGAAGAUGGACGGAGCUUGUUAUCGCAAAUGCUGCACUACGACCCCAACAAGCGGAUUUCGGCAAAGGCAGCUCUGACUCACCCUUUCUUCCAGGAUGUGACCAAGCCAGUACCCCACCUUCGACUCUGAUGGCCUUCGCUAAGCCACCACUCCUGGUCUCACCUUCUCCAGUGGGGGCCUGAUGUGGCUUGGCCCUGGGCCAUUUGCCCUUCGAUCUUGUCUGGCUGCCUUAACACUCACCUUCCCCUCUUAGCCAGCCAACUCUGGGGAUACACAAGGGUGGAGGGGCAAAAUGGGUGAAAAAUGAAAGGAAUCUUCAGUAUUGGAUGCACUUAAGUCAGCCUCCACCACCCUCUCCCCUCCUCUUCCUCAUUGCUGAGGAAGGCUGGUAUAAAAAAAAAAAAAAAACACUGACUGUUUCCCCUCCCCCCACAUAGGGUUUGCCAUCCCAAUCUCUGAAAGCCCCGCAGUUAUUAGUUUCCCGUGUUUCGGAUGGCAGAGACCCCAAGCCUCCUUCAGCCACUGUGUUCGUAAGGCCAACUGAUAGCAACCGGGCUAAGUUGGAACUUUUGUAAACCAAGCAAAACAAAAACAUAGGGAGGGGCCUGUUUUAAGGAAUUAGGUUAAAAAAUAGAUCCAACCAGUUUAUACCCUAAUUUUAGUGUUUCAUCUCACCUAACAGUCUGGGAGACUCAAGACUCCCAGUCUCCACAAUCCUGGUGGGUCUGCAAUAGAAAUGAUUGCCCUCAGGCCUGUUGUCUGUCCCUCCUAUAGGCAAGGGUGUCUGGGAGGCUCUGGGACAGGGAUUGUGUUUCACCGCGGCCUUAUGAGGCAAGUGAAAGAUGUUUGAAUUUUUCUCUUCCUUUUUAGAGUCUUAGUUCUUCAGGUGCCAGGGAUCCCCACUCCCAUCUUCCUCUGAAGGCCAUCCCAUAGGAGUGGAAGUUAGGGUUUAGACAUCAUUUUGAGAAUGCUGACACUUUUUUAGGGCUCUGACUGAGCGGGGGCAUUGGGAAAAAAUAUUUCUUUAAGAGAAGGAUGAACAAUUAUAUUUAUAUUUCAGGUUAUAGUAGUUUUUUAAGUGGGAGUGGGUGGAUUUGUUGCCAUGUGUACCUUGGGGUUUUGUAAUGCGAAUGUUAAAAAAAAAAAAGUAUUUUUUUUCUUUCUGUGAUUUUGUCUGUCUUCUCCCACCUCUUGUCCUUGAGUGUUCUUGCUAUUAACAUUAUUUGUAAUUUAGUUUGUAAUUCAUUAAAAAAAAGUUUUAUAGUUUA